UUUUUUUUCUUUCUUUCUUUUCCUAGAAAACGUCUGGUCUUUGAAUUCAAGUGCAUUUGUUGUACCUGACUCAUCUGUCGGGAUUUGUGGGUGUUCUGAUCUAGACAGGAUGGUGGAAUUGUGAUCUGUUAAGCAUAAGGCCUUUGGCAUUCCCAAGCACCAUGAACGCCAUUGUCGCUCUCUGCCACUUCUGCGAGCUACAUGGCCCCCGCACUCUCUUCUGCACGGAAGUUCUACAUGCUCCCCUGCCCCAGGGAGCAGGAAGUGGGGACAGUCCUGGCCAGGUUGAGCAGGCUGAGGAAGAGGAGGGUGGCAUCCAGAUGAGCAGCCGGGUCCGUGCCCACAGCCCAGCAGAGGGUGCCAGCACCGAGUCCAGCAGCCCUGGGCCCAAGAAAUCGGACAUGUGUGAGGGCUGCCGAUCACUUGCUGUAGGGCACCCAGGCUAUAUCAGUCAUGAUAAAGAGACCUCUAUUAAGUCAGUCAGUCACCAGCACCCCAAUCACCCCCAGCUCUUCAGCAUUGUCCGUCAGGCCUGUGUCCGGAGCCUGAGCUGUGAGGUGUGCCCUGGCCGUGAAGGCCCUAUCUUCUUUGGCGAUGAACAACAUGGCUUUGUGUUCAGCCACACCUUCUUUAUCAAAGACAGCCUGGCCAGAGGCUUCCAACGCUGGUAUAGCAUCAUUGCCAUCAUGAUGGAUCGGAUCUACCUCAUCAACUCCUGGCCCUUCCUACUGGGGAAGAUCCGGGGGAUCAUCAAUGAACUCCAGGGCAAGGCCCUCAAGGUGUUUGAGGCGGAGCAGUUUGGAUGUCCGCAGCGUGCCCAAAGGAUGAACACAGCCUUCACACCCUUCCUGCACCAGAGAAACGGCAACGCUGCCCGCUCUCUGACCUCCUUGACCAGUGACGACAACCUGUGGGCGUGUCUGCACACUUCCUUUGCCUGGCUCCUGAAGGCAUGUGGUAGCCGGCUCACUGAAAAGCUGUUGGAGGGUGCACCCACAGAGGACACCCUGGUCCAGAUGGAGAAGCUUGCUGACUUAGAGGAAGAGUCAGAAAGUUGGGACAAUUCUGAGGCCGAAGAGGAGGAGAAAGCUGCUGCUGUGCCAGAGGGUGCGGAAGGGCGGGAGCUGACCAGUUGCCCAGCAGAGUCGUCCUUUCUCUCGGCCUGUGGGAGCUGGCAGCCACCAAAACCUUCUGUCUUCAAGUCCCUCCGACACAUGAGACAGGUCUUGGGGGCCUCUUCUUUUCGUAUGUUGGCCUGGCACGUCCUCAUGGGAAAUCAGGUGAUCUGGAAAAGCAGAGACGUGAACCUCGUCCAUUCUGCAUUUGAAGUCCUCCGGACCAUGCUGCCUGUAGGCUGUGUCCGAAUCAUCCCUUACAGCAGCCAGUAUGAGGAGGCCUAUCGCUGCAACUUCCUAGGGCUCAGCCCUCCCGUGCCUAUCCCUGCUCAUGUGCUGGCCUCAGAAUUUGCAGUUGUUGUGGAGGUUCACACAGCCACACGCUCAAACCUCCAUCCGGCAGGAUGUGAGGACGACCUGUCCCUCAGCAAGUACGAGUUUGUGGUGACCAGUGGGAGCCCUGUGGCUGCAGACAGAGUUGGGCCCACUAUCCUAAAUAAGAUUGAAGCAGCUCUGACCAACCAGAACCUGUCAGUGGAUGUAGUGGACCAGUGUCUCAUCUGUCUCAAGGAAGAGUGGAUGAACAAAGUGAAAGUCCUCUUUAAAUUCACCAAGGUGGAUUGUCGCCCCAAGGAGGACACACAGAAGCUCCUGAGUGUCCUGGGCGCAUCAGAGGAAGACAACGUCAAGCUGCUUAAGUUCUGGAUGACAGGCCUGAGCAAGACCUACAAGUCACACCUUAUGUCCACAGUCCGAAGCCCCACCGCCUCAGAGUCACGUAACUGACACUGAGAAUACCUGGAAGGUGGUAUGCAUCCCAGAUCUGUGGGAGAAACUGCCAUUGGGUUUAUGACUGCUGCGGUGAAGCCCUGUUUGAGGAGUGAAGACUUCUGGGCCAGGCUCUGUCCUUUUUAUGAGGCUCUGUGUCAUCCUGUAGCUAUUGAAAUGUAGGGGAGACUGGAACAGUGGUCCCUCUGCAUCAUUCUGCCCCAUCAGGGACUGUCAAGACAUGCUUUGUGGCCUCUUGAGGACAAAGACUCAGAACUGACUGGAGUCAUAUCAGCCUGAUUCUUGAGGUCUCAAAUCUUCCCACUAUGGAAGCCAGUAAGCAUCCUGGAUGCUUUUUUUGUGUUUGCUGGGUUGUUGAAUUCUCAGGUCAUGAGCCCAGCCAUGGCCCCUGGUCAGCUUGCCAGCUUGUGGAUACAUCGAAAGAAAUCAUGACUGCUUUUUCUUUUUUUCUUUUUUUAAUUUUAUUUUUUGAGUCAGGGUCUUAUUCUGUAACCUGGUUUAGAACUCACUGUGUGACCUCUGCUAGUUCCAGACUUGUAGCAGUGGUAGGAUUACAGAAGGGAGCCACCAUGACUUUGUUGCUUUCCUCAGUGUUACUGCUGCAGCAUUAACCAGUGAUUGCAGAGUAUGACGGUCUUAAGACAGAUUGUCUCUCACCAUUGCAGUUUUAAUAAGGAUGCAGUUUGGAAGGGUUUCCUGAAAGGUUUCCCAGUUUGUUUUUAUAAUAUUUUCAGUGUUUGUUUAUAUUUAACAUAAGCUUAUGUGUCUUGGUCUCUGUACAAUUGCAAGAACAUUGAAACAUAAUAAAUCUGUAUUUUUUUAAACUAC